AUGGUCUCUCCAGAAGUGGUUCCAGUCAACAGGAGUUCAGUGCGAGUGCUAUGGUCACCUCCGCUCAGGCCCAACGGAGAAGUCACAGUUUACAACAUCUAUGUGAAUGACCGGCCACAAGCCAGUAGAGACAACAACUCCGGUUCCUAUCUGCUCGUAGAUCUUUUGCCUUUCACCGUCUACAGUGUGCAGGUGGAGGUAUGCACUGUUUUUGCAUGUGUCAAGAGUGGUAAAACUUACACCACUACUGUGGAGGACCUGCCUGAGGACUUCAUUAAACCAUAUGCUUCAGUGCUCAGUUCCAGGGCAGUGAGGUUGGACUGGUCCCAUCCAGGCAGGCCCAGUGGGAUCAUGCUGGGUUAUGAGGUCUUAAGACGCGGCUUCAGGUCUUGUGUCAGUGGUUCAAAGGAGAAGGCUUUGAGCUCAGAGUUCACAUGUACCUACAUCCAGUGUCCUGCAACUCAUGGUGUGUGCCAUGAAUCCUGCUUCCACCCUGACACAGAGGUUUGCUGCCGUGGUAUAUUGUUCCCAAAGAAGACACACUAUCACUGCUGUGAAGACUCUUACCAAAAUUGGAACGAUUCAGCCAGUUCUGUUUGUUGUAAUGGUAAACUGCUCCCAGCACUCUCUGAACAUCAGUGCUGUGGAGGGUACUACAUUCUUGUUAAAAACAAUGAAUACUGCUGCCCUGACCACGCGCAAGGCCGAGUCUCUGUGGGCCUUGGUGACAGCUGCUGUGGGGGAGUUCCUUACUCUGUUGGAGGUGGCCAGCUCUGUUGUGAUGAGACCCUUCAUGAUGGCUAUGGGCUCCAAUGUUGCGGAGGCAGGGUUGUUGAUCAUUCGCUGGUCUGCUGUGGUAAUCAUGUGGAAGGAGAGGUGCAUGCAUACAUUCAAAAUUUUGUCUGCUGCGGACAUGAAUAUAUAAACUCCUCAAGUUCUCUUUGCUGUGUGAACAAUGAUGGAUCUGCCAAAGUCCACCCCUCUGGAAAUGCUACAGUCACAUUACAGUGCUGUGGGUCAGACGUCAUUCCAGAGGAUGAGAGAUGCUGUAAUGGGAUUGGCUACAAUCCUCAACGCUACGUGUGCGCUGACCAAGCCACUCCGGGUCUAACCAUGGAGCCCCAGUGUCUCCAGGGUGCUACAUGUCCCAUAGGAGCUGCCUCUUCUGCAUACUGUGGCUCCUGUGAUCUUGAUCCACUGACGACCAGCUGCACAUGGGUGCUGUCUCCACAUAUUGUCCUUGAUACAACAGACAUGAACAACACCGUCAGUCACACAGAGCUCAAUGAAAGCCUUUACUCAUACAAAAUAGCCAAUGGCUACAACGAAUUGGAAAAUGACAUCCAGUUGUUUCGAGCAGGCCUCUGCCCAUCUCAUGAGGAGGUGGUUUACAGUGGUGAUGCCCAACAAUUGUCUUUCACAGACUCUGAUCUGGAACCCUUCACCGUCUAUGAAUACCGAGUCAGGGGUUGGAACAGUUUCGGCCGUGGUUCCAGUGAUGGUAUCACAGUGACUACAUUUGAGGACAAACCAUGGGGUGUGGCACCCCCUGUUUGGAGCCGCGUAAAAGACAGAGAUGACAUCAUCCACUUGCACUGGCAAACUCCAGCUCGGCCCAAUGGGGAGAUCACUCACUAUGUUGUAUUACGUGAUGGACAAGAGCGUUACCAUGGUGAUGAGACCAGCUUUACUGAUGUUCGGGGAAUUGAGCCUUUUCAAGAGUACAGUUACCAGCUGCGGGCGUGUAACCUGGCGGGAUGUGCUGACAGUCUGCAGGUGAGUGCUGUGACGGUUCAGGGGGUCCCAGAGGGGGUGCAUCCUCCAGUAGUCUCAGCCUUGAGCUCGACCUCCCUUCUUGUGACCUGGACCCAGCCCUCUCAUCCCAAUGGACCUAUACAGCACUACUACCUAAACCAAACCAAUGUGGGAACCAUUCUAACCCACACAGAAGGGCCCAGAAAUUAUACCGUGCCUGGUUUGCAGCCGUACACAGAGUACACCUUUGUGCUGGUGGCCUGUACAGCGGUGGGAUGUGGAGCCAGCUCACCUUCCACAGGACGCACCCUUCAGGAUGUCCCCGCUGGAGUUUGGUUGAGGCCCAGACAUGUGAUAAUAAACACAUCAGCGGUGGAGCUGUACUGGGACCAGCCGGCCCGGCCUAAUGGACUCAUCUCCCAGUACACUCUCAACAGAGACGGUAACACCAUUUUUACCGGAGGCCAGCGUGACCAGAAUUUCACUGACACUGGACUCGUGCCAAACCACAGGUAUGAGUAUGAGUUGGAAGCCACUACUGAGGGAGGGGCGAGUCAGAGUGACAGAUAUGUUAUCAAGACCCCCGUCACAUCCCCCACUGGGAUCUCUGCACCCCACAUUCUGACAGUUUCAAGCCCCCGCUCCAUCUCCCUUACUUGGACCCCUCCUGCUUAUCUGAACAGUGACCAGGCUGUGAACUACUCUAUCAUCCUAAAUUCAGACGGAAAAGUCUCAAUGUUUCCUGCUGGUGUCGACUUCCAAGUAAAUAUCACAGAUUUAGAACCCUUUACAACAUACUACAUCAGAGUGCAAGCGUGUCAGGAUGAUGGAUGUGGCGUUGGCGAUGGUGUUUUUGCUGAGACUUUGGAGGCUGCUCCUGAAGACUUGAUGCCGCCCACAAUCUACGCCGUUGGACCCAAUGUCUUAGAGGUUCACUGGCUUCCUCCCCAGCGGCCGAAUGGACCAAUCACUUCUUACCACAUAUACAGGCGUCCGCAUCAAACCACACACAACCUGCUGGUGUUCAUUUGGACCAGCGGAGCUCUUGAGUUUGUUGAUGCCAGUCCCUCCCUACGGCCCUUCAGCUACUACCAGUACAGAGUUCAGGCCCUCAACUCUAAAGGCUCUGCUCUCAGUCACUGGGCUCUCGCUCAGACCCUGCAGGCACAGCCACAGAACAUGGCUGCACCCACAGUUGCUCCUACUGGUGCUUACUCAGUUCAUCUGAAAUGGAGUGAGCCGGAACAGCCCAAUGGUCGCAUUUCUCAUUACAGGCUGGUUUACAAGAAGCACCAACAGGACCCUACGCUCAACUCCACUGCUGUUAUUGCUCUUACAGUAGAGAGUUCAACCUUGGAAGCUACAAUAUUUGGUCUGGAUGCUUUCAGAAAUUAUUCGUUCCAAGUAGAAGCCAUAAAUGAAGCCGGCAGUGUUUUUAGUCCAUGGGUGCAAACUAUGACCCAGGAGGCGUCUCCAGCCGACCUGACAAACUUAACUGUGGAUCACAGAGAACAAGGCAGGGCAUUACUGUUGAGCUGGGAUGUUCCAGGGUCUCCAAAUGGCGUUAUAACGAUGUACAACUUGUACAGUGAGGGUAUUUUGGAGUUCAGUGGACAAUCACACACAUUCCUGUUUCGGCGUUUAGAGCCCUGGACAGUGUAUAAUCUGACUCUUGAAGCCUGUACCUCUGCAGGCUGCACACGCAGCCUUUCUCAGCCAGUCACCACUGCAGCUGCCCCUCCUGCCUUUCAGCCUCCUCCCACCCCUUUGUUUGUGGGGGCAGAACGAGUGUCACUUACCUGGGGCCCUCCGUCUGAGCCUAAUGGGCCAAUUGAAAAGUACAUUUUACUUGGCAGAAGUCUGGAUGAAUUUGGGAGAGGCAGAAGUAAUGAUGACCUCACAGAAAGUGGCAAAGUUUUAUUCAGAGAAUCUUCUCCACAUGAAGCAGACACUUUCUCAUACACAGUAACAGGACUGCGCCCCUGGACCCAAUAUGAGUUUAGUAUCCAAACCCACAACCCUGCAGGUCAAACUCAAAGCCCCUGGGCAACAGUAACCACCAGACAGGCCCCGCCCCACGGCCUCGUCCCUCCCACUCUCACACACAUCACAGGACGUCCCACUGAACUCAUGGUGUUUUGGACAGCUCCUCUUCAGCCCAAUGGGGUCCUUCAAUCUUACAGAAUUAUUAGAAACAAUAUCAGUUUUGCUUUUAGUUUUGACCCGACAGUACUCAGCUACAGGGAUGAAGAUCUCGAGCCUUUUUCAACGUACAGCUAUGCAAUAACAGCUUGUACAUCAGAGGGCUGUGUCACAAGCCCUUAUGAAAACAUCACAACUUUAGAAGCUCCUCCAUCAACAGUGGAAGCUCCCACAGUCAACAACAUUUCAUCCAGGUCCUUAACAGUUGACUGGAGUGUACCUCUGACACAGAACGGGGAGGUGAUAGAGUUUGUGCUAAGGCUAAACGAUGAGGUGGUCUUUCGAGGCACAGACCUCCAGACUCGACUGUCAGAUUUGGAGCCGCACACGUUCUAUCAGUUAGCUUUGGAGGCCUGUACCAGUGGUGGAUGCACAACAAGUGCGAGUAUCUCUGCACUGACGGAUGAGGCCCCUCCCACCGGCCUUUCUCCCCCUUUACUUAAGGUGACAGGUCCAGACUCAAUUGAGAUCAGUUGGACAGCCCCAGAGCAUCCUCACGGCAUCAUCACAGGAUAUGAGCUACGGCGUGAUGGUGAAAUAGUUUACAUCGGCAUGGAGACACAUUACCACGACUUUACACUUUUGCCCCAUGUGGAGUACAGCUACGUUAUCACAGCCAAAAACACAAAAGGAGAAGUGAGCAGUGCAGAAGCCAUCACCAAAACACAUCAGUCUGCUCCUUCUGGUGUUGGCCUUCCUUCUCUUACCCCUAUUGGACCUGAUCAGUUGACUGUAGAGUGGAGUGUUCCAGCUCAACCAAAUGGAGAAAUUGUCCGUUACAUUUUGCACAAACGAGAUCCGGUCCAUCUAAGAGUCGUAAGCUCUGAGUUUACCCCUGGGGACAGUUCUUUUUCUGACCGACGCAUCGUUCUGGAUGGGUUAUUUCCAAAUCAUAGGUAUGAGGUUAGGGUCGAGGCCUGUACCACACUGGGCUGCUCUUCCAGUGAAUGGUCACCUGUGGUCACUCUUGAGGCACCUCCUUCUGGACUUUCUGCUCCGGUGUUAGAGCUGCAGCCUGAUGAAGAAACUGGUUUUGAGACCACCUUUGUGCUCAUCUGGUCCCCCCCUGUGCACCCACACGGGACGAUCCUGCACUAUGAGCUGUACAGACGCCAGGACCAGGCUGUCAGGGCAGAAGCAGCCCCUCAGAUUUAUAGAAACACAUCCACUAUGUACAGAGAUAAAGGACUUCAGCCAUACACAAAAUAUCAAUACCAGGUGUGGGCUGUAAAUUCAGCUGGUCAUGCUGCCAGUCCAUGGGCAAAUGGACGAACAGGACCUGGUCUUCCUGAGGGUCUGCAACAACCACUCUUUAUAAAUGUUUUGGCCACGUCGGCUGUUGUAAAAAUCCCCAUUCCCACUAAACCAAAUGGAAUCAUCAGCCUUUAUAAAGUUUUCUAUCAAAGCCGCGAUAACUACACUUUGUUGUCAGAAGGUACAUCCCAGCAGCAGACAAUACACGGCUUGCAUCCUUAUACUCGCUAUUGGGUUGGUGUCGAGGCCUGCACCUGUUUCCAGUGCUGUCGCCGGGGUCCUGUGAAGGAGCUCCGCACUCUCUCUGCUGCUCCGGCCCAGCAGCCUGCGCCUCGCCUGCUCACGCUGACCUCCCGCUCUGUGCAGCUGCACUGGGACCAGCCUCUAGCUCCUAAUGGAGUCAUCGAGAGCUGUGAGCUUCACCUGAGAUCAGGCUGCCCUCAGCCUCCUCAGCCUGUGCCUCUCCUGUGUGUGGAGGGACGGAUAGAAGUGUGUUAUUUUGGAAAGAACUGGAGCUACAACGUGACCGGUCUAAAACCUUAUUUCAACUAUGAGCUGAGAGCUGUGUGUUUCAACAACAUGGGUAGCACAGCUUCCAAUUGGACAACAGUGACAACACUUUCUGAAGCCCCAGAGUACGUAGCUCCUUUCCUUGUGGGCAGUAACCUGACCACCGUGUGGCUGGACUGGUCAGAGUCCUUCUCUCUGAAUGGGCUCCUGAAGGAGUUCACUGUGACUGAGAGCCGACUUAGGCUUUACGCUGGUUUUCACAGCUCCCUCCACAUCCCGCUCACCUCACAGAAACAGCUCUCUCUCCAAGUGACGUGCACCACUGACAAAGGCAGCGCCAGCUCUGCAGUAGUCAAAUACAGCCCAACCUUUGGUCUAGGUACGGAGGAGCCCACUGACGCUUAUAAAGAAGGGGUGAGCGUGUCUCCAACACCUGUGUACAAGGAGUUAUGGUUCAUCCUGCUCUUCUCCAUACUCGGACUGUUCCUGCUGGCUUUGUUUAUCGGUUUAGUGCUACAGAGAGCUUUGAGGAAAGAUCCGGCAGCUAGAGAGCGCCCUCCACUGGUGAUGCUGCAGAAGACAAGUAAAGCUGAGCUUUACAUGAGGUCCAGUCCUGAGUUGUGCUCUAAACAUUAUUCCGGCUCUGUGCUACUCUCUGGUCGACCCACAUUUGACACAGUAACAGACUGUGUUGAGAUCAGCAACGUUGUACUUAAAAGCUACACUGUGUAUUCAGAGGCUUUAUCGGACACAAAGAUCACAGAGAGUGGGCAGCGCUUCAGUACCAUGCCAGUGCUGCGAGUGCCCAGCCAACCCGACCUCGGUCAGUUCUACUCCCAGCGUCCUCUGCACCGCAGUGUGAGCCAGCUGAUCGACAGUAAGUCUCUGAUGAUGGAGGAAGGGAGCUGGGACAACCCCCUUGGACAAGAAUCCGGACUGUAUGUGGAGGAAGACGAGUUUGGAGACGCCAUCAAGUCCCUGAGCUCUGCCCAAAAGGACCACACUGUGUUCACAGACACACACCUCUGA